AUGGGUCAUGACUACAUCCGUAAUCUCAGACAGGCCAAAAAUCAGAAGGCUAUGGACAAGGUGCGCUCCGAAUGGAACCAGAAGCUAAUCUCUUACAUGAUACUGAAGGAUGAGAAACUUCGUCGGAAAUACAAUGAGCACAACCACAGCUAUAAGUUCUACGAACAUUUGCAAAAAGAACAUGACUCCAAGGAGCUUGAAAGAGUGCACAACUCACCAGUUCUAGUAUCAGAGAAGAUGGAGCUUCGUGGCAAGAGUGUUAGCUUUCAGCCAGCUACCACAGGUUAUUCCUUCCGAAAACUAUCCACAGAGACGAAUGAUGUUUUUAUGGAGGGUGUUUCGGAUGAUGGAGCUAGUGCUUCUGAUACGCUGACCAGAGUGGAACAAAAUACAGAGAUAGAUUACUCAGUGGCUAUUACAUCUUCUGAGAAGCUCGGCGAUCGUGUUCAAGUAAAUCCCCAUACUAUCACUGACCGUCUUCCCAAAUUAAUGUCUCAAGCCUUUUCCAUUGGUAAAAUCCCACUUCAAAAUAAACUUACUAAUCAAAAUGCCGAAUUAUUGACUGACUCACUCAAAUCUUCUACACUGCAACGCAAAUUGUUGCAGACUCGGGAAAUUCAAGCACAACGUGUAGUUCAAGAAAAGAAAGCUCCAUCAAAACUUUCAGUUCAAGUAACAGAGCGAAGUGCCAAAUUUUCGAAGGAAGCUCGAACCCAACAUCCAGCUGUUCAAGAUCAAGUGCCCAAAAUUCUGCCUGAUCAACAGGCUUUCGUCCAAAAGCAACUUAAUGCGCAACGAGCCGCUGUACAAAGUGCGGCUUUGCAUCGCGCAGAAAUUCAAAGAUCCUUGGGUUUAGACAGAGCUCCUCCAACUGGUCCUCGAAUUCCGUUAGGUAUGGCUCCCCGCUUGAUGAUAAGUUCAUUUGCACACAGCUUGAACUCCACUUCGCUGUCGAAAUCAUGCCCACAACUUGGGUUGAAGAUAAUUCCUCCUCCCAUGAUCAAUAAAGUUGCUGAGAUCACGGGGUCUACAUUACAGCUGUCGAAAGGCAGCAAGCAGGGCCCAGCGAAGAAGAAGCGAAGGGUCCGGGAUAAAGAGUCUGAUGGAAAGAAAGAGAUAAGAAACGUGGGUAAUGGAGAUGGCAGUGGAAGCGGUGUUGAUGUAACAUUGCAGGAUAAAGGGAGGGCGAAAGAAGACCGAGGGGAGAAGAGUAGUUUGAAGGAGGACGGGGAAAUAUUAGAGGAUGAUUGA